GCUCUCGUUUUUCCCCGCCUGCUCCCACCGGGUCUUGCCCGCUCGACCGCGACCAUGUUCGUCCCGUGCGGGGAGUCGGUGCCCGACCUCACUGGCUUCACCCUUCUGAUGCCAGCAGUAUCUGUUGGAAAUGUUGGCCAACUUGCAAUAGAUCUGAUUAUUUCUACGCUAAACAUGUCUAAGAUUGGAUACUUCUAUACCGAUUGUCUUGUGCCAAUGGUUGGAAACAAUCCAUAUGCGACUGGAGAAGAAAAUUCAACAGAACUUAGUAUAAAUGCUGAAGUGUACUCGUUGCCUUCAAGAAGGCUAGUGGCUCUUCAGUUAAGAUCCAUUUUCAUUAAGUAUAAAACAAAGCCAUUCUGUGAAAAACUACUUUCCUGGGUAAAAGGCAGCAACUGUGCCAGAGUUAUUGUCCUUUCAAGCAGUCAUUCAUACCAGCGUAAUGAUCUACAACUUCGUAGUACUCCCUUCCGGUACCUACUUACACCUUCCAUGCAAAUAAAUGUUCAAAAUAAAAUGAAGAGCCUUAAUUGGGAAGAAAUGGAAAAAAGCCCAUGCAUUCCUGAAAUAAAUGAUUCUGAGUUUUGUGUUCGUAUUCCAGGAGGAGGUAUCACAAAAGCACUCUAUGAUGAAAGCUGUUCUAAAGAGAUCCAAAUGGCAGUUCUGCUGAAAUUUGUUUCAGAAGGGGACAAUAUCCCAGAUGCAUUGGGUCUUGUUGAGUAUCUUAAUGAAUGGCUUCAAAUAAUCAAACCACAUGUAAGUAGUGAGGACCCCACAGUACCUUCCUUGCGGUGGAAAAUGCCAAGUUCUUGGAGAUUACUUUUUGGCAGUGGUCUUCCCCCUGCACUUUUUUGACCUGUUUUCAGUUUUAUACCUUAGGCCUCAAGACACUUAGAACCAACACAGCUGUUAUGUAUUCUGUUCAAAAAUUGGUAUUAUCUGAGAUUGUAUUAGGAAACAGGUAAUUAUUUUUAGAAAGUCUUAAAAAGAGGUUAACAUUAACAAAAGGUCUUUUUGCCACACUUCAUCAUAUACAACAGAUGUAAAUUUUGUACAAUAAAAUUUUAUUUCCUACUUGA